AUGUAUGCCAGCCCGAGCCGAAUCGAGCUUCAGUUGGUCAGUGGUCGGAGCAACAAUGACACGGUGACGGCAAAGACCACUCGGAAACCGGCUUGGCGGACUUGCGCAGAUCAUCAAUCUAAGGUUCCCCACCGUGUCAACCACGCUUUGAGAGUUCGCUACGACAGACUAGCUGCGAACAGACGACAGAAUUUCGCUUUCCGACAAGUGUCCUUUUUUCGACGCCGAACGAAUUCCGUUGUGUCCUUCGACUGUCGCUUCCGAAGACGAAGCACGGGAACAUACAGCCGCAUCGGCUCAAGGAUCCAUGUGGCCUUUGACGAAAAAACGGGCAUCCAGGGUGGAAAACAGCGUGGCAUGCAACACGCAACAGUCCCGGAGCACGAUGCGUAA